GAAAAAGGUGAGUGCUUUGCUUUUGUUCACACUUUCUUUGUGCAUAUCUUCAGGGAUUUUACUGCAAAUUUCUGAAACAGAGUCUUUAAACCUAACGAGUCAAAGCUGGUAGUUGGUUUUUUUUUCUGUCAUGGGUUUCACUUAAAUCUUUGGUUUAGGUUUCAAAUUGGAACUCGCCACUGAUCAAUGCCUUUUGCUUUGAAUUGUAGGUAAAGUUCUCAUUUUUAAUCUAUAAGCGUUGCCUUUAUUUAAUUUCGAGUAGCUUAAUCAGUUUGAAAUUGCUCCAAAUCGUUGGGGAAAAAUGUGUCUCCAAUCAUUUCGGCUUGUAUGAAAUUGGAAGACGGCGGUGGGCAAGACUCCGCAGAAAUAUUCUAGGGUUUUGCUUUGAAUUGGAUGUAAUUUCUCUUUUUUAAUCUGUUAGGGUUUCCUUUGUUUAGAUUUGGGUUACUUAAUUAGCUUAACAGUUCUCCAAAUCGUUGAGAAACACAAAGUUUCGUGCAAUUCAAUUUAUAUGAAAUGGAAGACGGCGGUGGGGAAGAAUACAUAGAUAAAUCUAGGAUUUUGAAUGUUAAGCCACUACGAUGUUUGGCUCCCAUAUUCCCUCCAACGCCGAGUUUCCCUUCGUUUCCGCAUCCCCAAGCUGCUCCGCCUUUUAUGUGUGCACCUCCUGCUGGUCCUUGCCAUUCUGGUUUUGCGCCAUUCUAUCCGUAUUCUGGUUUCCCGGACACUCACAACAUGCAAACUCCGAUGCAUUAUGGGUUCAAUGGAACCAUUCCCGCGGUUCCUAUCAAUUCAUUCAGGAGUGAAGCAAAUGGAGAUGCCGGAAGGAGUUCAAGGAAUCCGGGUUUGUCAGAACACGAAGAAGAUGGUUACAGUGAUGGGGUUCAUGUAAUUGAUGUUGAAGAUUCAAGCAAGGCUGCCCCCAAAAGGAAAAAGAAUCAGAAGAGGAUGCGGACUGGCAGCAGCCAGGAUUUCAAUGUUGCGUCCUCUGAUGUGGAUAUAGAUGGUGUUGUUGAUAAAAUUGUCGAGUCAUUUAAUCUCAUGGACUUCGAUACAUUCAGGCGAACCGAUGGUGACAAGGAAGCAGUAGGAUAUAUAAGGUUGAUCUACGAUGUGCUUCGACGAAAAAUUUCUCAAAUUGAGGAUGCGAAGGAAUCUGCUUCAGGAGUAACGAGACGACCCGACUUAAGAGCGGGAACCAUACUAAUGAACAAAGGGAUUCGGACUAAUGUGAAGAAGAGAAUUGGUGUUGUGCCUGGUGUGGAAAUUGGGGAUAUCUUCUUUUUCAGGAUGGAGAUGUGUUUGAUUGGAUUGCAUGCUCCAAUUAUGGCUGGCAUUGAUUACAUGGGGCUUAAGGUCUUUCAAGGUGAAGAACCUGUAGCAGUUAGUAUUGUAUCGUCCGGAGGGUACGGGGAUAAUUCAGAUGAUGGCGAUGUGUUGGUUUAUAGUGGCCAAGGUGGAAAUGUUAAUAAUAGAGGCAUGGAAAUAACUGACCAAAAGCUUGAAAGGGGCAAUCUUGCUUUGGAGAAGAGCUUGCAUCGAGGUAACGAGGUUCGAGUGAUUCGUGGUGUAAAAGAUAUAGCAAAUCCAACCGGAAAGAUAUAUGUUUAUGAUGGUCUUUAUAAAAUCCAGGAGUCAUGGGUGGACAAAGGGAAGUCUGGUUGCAAUGUUUUUAAGUACAAAUUAGUUAGGUUACCCGGGCAGCCUGAAGCAUAUACAGUGUGGAAAUCCGUUCAGCAAUGGAAGGAUGGCAGUGCUGCUAGAGUUGGCCUUAUAUUGCAAGAUCUCACUUUGGGGGCUGAAAGCAUACCUGUUUCUCUUGUUAAUGAUGUUGAUGAUGAAAAGGGACCUGCAAAUUUCACAUAUUAUCCCGGUCUAAGAUAUUCAAAGCCUGUAAAUUCAAUCGAAUCUUCAACUGGCUGUGGUUGCCAUGGUGGGUGUAUAGCUAGUAACUCCAACUGCCCUUGCAUUCAAAGAAAUGGUGGCUAUCUCCCAUAUACUACCAAUGGUGUUCUUGUCAGCCAAAAAGCCUUGAUACAUGAGUGUGGUUCUUCAUGCGUGUGCCCUCCUAAUUGCAAGAAUAGGGUAUGUCAGAGUGGUCUGAAAGUUCGUUUAGAGGUGUUUAAAACUAAAGAUAGAGGUUGGGGUCUAAGGUCAUGGGAUCCUAUCCGCUCCGGGGCUUUUAUUUGUGAAUAUGCAGGGGAGGUCAUUGAUAUUUCUAGGGCUGAGGAGCUCGGAGGCGUAAAUGAUGAUGAUUAUAUUUUUGAUGCAACCCGUACUUGUCAGUUGGGGGAAAGUAUCCUGGGUAUAUCUAAUGAGACUCCAAAGAUCCCAUUUCCGCUAGUUAUAAGUGCAAAACAUUCCGGAAACGUAGCGCGAUUUAUGAACCACAGCUGCUCCCCAAACGUAUUCUGCCAACCAGUUUUGCUCGAGAAUAGCAAGGAGUGUGAUCUGCAUGUUGCAUUUUAUGCAUACAGACAUAUUCCUCCAAUGACCGAGUUGACAUAUAGCUAUGGCAUUGUUCCACCUGAUAGAACAUACCAGAGGAGAAAAAAGUGCCUUUGUGGAUCAGCAAAGUGUGUAGGCUACUUUUACUAGUGGUCUAUCAACUCGUGAAUUCGAAUCAGCAUGGUCUUUUCCAUUAGAAAGGUACAGAGGCAUACCGACGUUUCCGCUUGUAGCUGCUGAGCUUGCACGAAAUGGUCCUCCUCGUCCUCUUUUACUUUUUGACAUGCUGGGUCCGGUAAUGAAGUUCUAAGCUUAUAACAUGGAGCAUUUUGGCAGAACUGCUGAUUAUAAAAACACAUGUAUAGUGUAGUUUAGCUUCUUCUAUCUCCAUGAUUUUUUUUCUGUAAUCAACUAAGUUAUGUUUGUGUUUGGUCUAGGGCAAGGUGACUACUAGGAAUUCACCUGAAUUGAAGUACACU